AUUCUCGGAGCACUGAAGUGUUGUUAGCAGAAUCUUCAAUUCAGUCAUUGUCUCAAAUUAUGUAGUUCUCUAUUAUCAUAAUGAAUUAACAUGGAAUUAACUCAAGAGAUGAAGAGAAAUGUUGGGUCAUUUUCCAUUUUAUAGAAAAAAAACGGCAGGUGGGGUGUCUCCGAUGGGAUAGGUGGAUAUUCUGCUGCAGGGAGGCACGGCGCGGCGGCUGGCUGAGAUCACAUCAAAAUGGCCGCAUUUUAGUCUACAGACUGAUUUUCUUUACUGUUUGCCAAACGUGCGAAAAAGGUGGAUAAGUGUUUGAUAAAAUAACGGGAUCUGUUUCGCUCAAAAUUUCUCCACCGUUAGGGCAGAAAUUUUUUGAGAAAUAGACGGGAUUUCGAUUUCAAAGGGUCGGUUUUAACAGAAUGUUACGACACCAACAUCAUUCUAUGCAAAACCAACUUCGAGAUCAAAAUAGUUUUUUAUACCAUUCAAUGACUCUUUAGGAUGGCAGGGCCGAUGCAUCCGAUGCAGCAGGCUAAUAUGGCCCCUCCACACCAGCCGCAGCAUCCACAUCCGCACCGCAAUCCACAUGGCCCGCACCCGCAACAAAUGCCAAUGACCACACGUCAACAACUUCCCACUCACCAGAUGUCACAGCGUGUUCAUGAGAAUUAUAAUCCUCGGCAGCCAGUGUUGUUGGGAAUGAACUCACAACACGCUGAUGUUCGCUACCGUUCUAUAUCAGUGAUAAGUCUGCUGCUUCUGCUAAGUAUGGCAAAGGCAAGAAAACACCGGCCUACGUUAGACUUUGAUCCGGAAGAACUACAACUAUUGUUUGGGCCAACAGGUUGCAUUCAAGGUGUUAUGGCCAACGUCGGAUUAAUUGACCCAAGCAACACAGUUGCUGGAACUCUUCCUAGCAAAACAGCUCAACAAACCCAACAACAUCAACAGGAACAAAUUAAUCAGCAGCAAGCUACUUCACCUACGAACGAAAAUAACGAAGAGUCUAGGAAUCAGAGUCCACCUAAUCAGACUCAAUUGAAUGGAAAUAAUUCAAACUUGGCAAACAUGAAAGAAAAAACUCCAAUGUGUCUUGUCAACGAGCUUGCACGAUUUAACAAGAUACAACACCAAUAUAGAUUAACCAAUGAACAGGGACCGGCACACAAAAAAAAGUUUACUGUAACUCUGAAACUGGAUGAUGAAGAAUUUGUUGCUGAAGGUCCAAGUAUAAAGAAAGCUCAACACAGUGCAGCCACAAAAGCCCUUGAAGACACUUGGUACAGACAUCCACCACCAAAACCUGCACGUGCAAUGAGAAUUGGGCAUCCAGGCAAAUGCCCCGCGGCUUCUGGUCAUCUGCCGCCAACGGUAGAACUUAAUGCUUUGGCAAUGAAACGUGGCGAGCCGACUGUCUACACGUUUAGUCAAGCUCCAACUACUCCGAUUCAACCAUUUGUCUCACAUGGAUUUGGGAAUUUGGCUAGAAUGUUGGCUCCACGUUACCCAUCUUAUAAUCGUGGGUUUCAGGCUCAACAGCAAGGGCUAUAUGCUGUCACGCUUAAGGUUGGAGACCGUGAAUUCCUUGGUAGAGGUGUAACUGGUCAAGCUGCUCGUCACGACGCAGCUAGUCGAGCACUGGAACAACUUCGCCAACUACCUUUACCUGAAGAGAUAGCUAACACAUGUGCGACAAACGAGAAUGGAACUUUGUCUGGGAUAGAUGAUCCUAAUGCAGAGUUGAAGAGCCCUGUUUCGCUUGUUCAUGAAACGGCAUUAAAACGUGGCCUGGCAGUCACUUUUGAAGUUGUAUCAGAACGAGGCAAACCCCACAUCAGAAUUUUUGUUACCAAAUGUACAGUUGGAGAUAGAACUACAACCGGGGAAGGACCUUCGAAGAAAGUAUCUAAAAAACGAGCAGCAGAAUUAAUGUUGGAAGAGUUGAAACGACUCCCUCCACUUCCUAUUACAAUACAAAAUCCUUCUUCACAACGUAUGAAGCGUAAACCACCGGCAACAAAAAAGAAGUCACGAAAUCUCAUCAAAGUUUAUCAGGAACUUCGAACAGAACCAGAGGCAGCUGAAGAGGUUAAUCCUAUCUCCCGUCUCAUUCAGAUACAGCAAGCCAAACGAGAAAGAGAACCAGUUUACACACUCGUUGACGAGAAGGGUGCCCCAAGACGUAGAGAGUUUAUUAUGGAAGUCACUGUUGGAACUAAUUCUGCUCAAGGACUUGGACCGAAUAAAAAACUAGCUAAGAGAGCUGCAGCUGAGGCAUUGUUAAUGCAAUUAGGAUACAGUAAACCGCAACCCCUGCCGGCAAAACCAUCCAUCAAGACUGGAGAGAAUGAAAAUUCUGAGGGGAAACCGAGGAAGGUCACAUUUUUAGAAGAAGAUCAAGUCAACGAAAUCCCAAAUCACUCAGUUGGUGGAACAACUGGGCGACAGCUAGUUCCUGGACUUCUAUUAGUUGACGGUGGUCAAGAAUCAAAACCGGGCGGAGGACCAAGUGUCCAAGCUGUUGCCGAAGAAUUACGUGGCCAACAACAGCAGCAAGCACCUGCAGUUGUUUCCCCCAAAGAUCAGCUGAGAUAUUUAGCUCAGUUGCUUAGUUUUGAAGUACAGUUCAGCGAUUUCCCCAAGGGCAACCAUAACGAGUACCUUUCUCUUGUGUCUCUGAGUACGGAUCCACCACAGGUUUGUCAUGGUGCUGGGCCAACUACAGAUGCCAGUCGAGAUCAAGCAGCACUCACAGCAUUACGUACCCUUAGCAAGCUUGGAUUAGACAGUGUAACGAAUUCACAAAGUAAGAAGGACAAAGGUGUUUCUGGAGACGGCAUUCACAUCAACAACCAAGUAAAAAACAACAUGCUCAAUGGAGCUAUCAGUAAGUAAAUCAAAAAGGGAGGUUGAAAUUUACCGUUAAGUACGAUUUUGAAGACGUUUUCAUGUCCUGUUUUCUGCCACUGGCAAAUAAUUUUCGAAUUUGGUAACUUCUGGGUUUUUACUAACGCGAGCUCGUCUGGGAAAUGAAUUUAAUACUCAGAAUUUGUUACUGUCUAGAUACAUUUCCGAUUUAUUUUUUCAUUCGGACGACUAUAUUAUCUAUGGCGAUUAUAUGUAUUCUGAAAAUAUAAUAUAAUUUGUUUCAACUCUAUAUCUAAUCCGAUUCCGUAAUUAAGUUGUAUUUAUAUUUGACCCAAGCCAUCUUUAGAUUUUUCACUUUAUCACAUAUGUAUGAAAAGGACACACUAAUAAAUAUAAUCAUUGAAAACACUAAAAACUAAUGGAAAACACGGAAAAAAACUAUCAGAUCUGUGCUAAAAUGCGGCCAUCUAUAUCCGUCUUCUGAAGCUUCGGUUUAAUUGCCAUGAAUGUAAACUAUAUCUAAUUACCUAACACUGUUAUACUUAUAUGGAUGGAAUAGUAAUGAAUAGGAUCGUCUGAUUUGUUUCAGCUGAACGCUGAAACAAAUUAUUAUUCUUGAUAUGAAUAUUUUUAUUUCUCUAUUUUACUUGGCAACUGACUUUUGGAACAAUAUAUGUACCUAUUGAAGAUGAAAAACAAAAAUUUCAGAUUCAAUAUUAUUUAGGCGUGAAGCAAUCUGAAAAAAUAUAAGCCCACGUCUGAUACUAGAACCAGUGAUUUGUUGCGCGAGGAAAGUAAAAUAUUUGAAUAUAAAGAUUAAAACAAGAUAAAAUACAAGGAAAAAAAACAAAAAAAAAAAACAAAAAAAAACAAAAAAAACAAGAUAGGUAAUUUGAUGUAUACUCUUUCCACGCCCCAAUUUGCUUUUCGCUAGGGCCUGGAAGCAUUCUGGGGUUAUUAUAUUCAUGUUAAUAUCUAAUGUAGUAAAGUAUAAGAAAAAAGACGAAAAAAAACAAAAAAAAAAAGAGAACAACAUUGAAGCUUCUGUACAUAACUUGUAAAAUUGUAAAUCGCCGGUUCGUACAAGUUAUUGCGUUAAAAGUUUCAAUGUAUUAAACAGGUAAAAUUUCAAAAUUCGUAUCGUCCUGUGAUUAUUUUAGAUAAUUAAACCACACUUUUACGAGAGAAUAAAUUUGCUAUGGCGUUCCGAAUUUUGCAACAAUGCCGUUAACAUAAAAAAAAAACAGAAAAAAAAAAUUAGAAACGAGAAAGAUUUGAAAAAAAUAUAAUAAUGGAUGUAGGCAAUUCGGAGAUCAGCACAGGAGGUAAAUGCAAAUUAAUCUAUCGUUAGUUUGCACCCUAAUUUUAAACAAAA